CCUGUGACAUCGAAUAUCAUAUUUCACCGCGUGCCAUUUACCAUUUCACAUGAGAAAGGCGGUAUUUUGCUUUCUUGUUCGUUUACGAUGGCGUCCUCUUCUGCCGCUGCCGUUGCCGAACUCGACGAUGAUGACCACCAUCACGACGAAGAUUUAGAACAUCGAUUUUCUGGCGACCGUUUAUUGGCAGACGAGGAGCCCCUGGUCCUCGAUUCUGUAAUUUCUACGGACUCGACGAAGUCACUUGUGCGUCAUAAGUGGUUGCUGUAUCUAGCGGCGGCAAGCUCGCUACUAUGCAUGUUCACUAUCAACUUUGAUCUGCUAUUCCUCUCGACCAACUACAGCAAGAGAAUUGCUUCCGACCUCCAUCAAUUAAGUAACGCGGUUUGGAUUAUUCUGGUUGGAUCCAUUACUGAGACCGCUUCUCAACCCGUCUACGCAUAUCUCAGUAAUAACCAGGGGCGUAAGAGAGCGUUCCUGCUCGCUGCAGGUCUCACAACUAUCGGUUUCUUGCUAUGUUCUCUAAGUACGCGACUUUUACAUUUGGUAUUAGCUCGCCUCGUUGUCGGUUCUGGCUGUGCCGGAGUAUCCCUCGUAGUAACUAUCAUAAUAAAUGACAAUGUUCCGUUGAAAGACUUCGCCCUUUGGCGUAGUCUACUCAUUUUCAUUCAGAUGGCCGGAGACGUCUCCGGGGGCCCCUUAGGAUCUGCUAUUGCUGAUGCAUCUAGUUGGCAAGCGGUAUACGGGAUAGAGACGAUAGUAAUGCUUUCCGGGCUCGUCGGAGCGUCUUUCUCUCUUGCGACUUCUCCAAACCAGAACGGAGACUCUCCAAAACCACGACUUGACCUCUUACAGAUACUUCUUCUGUUCGUUACAAUUGCGUUACCCCUAUUCGCUCUCAAUCUUGGUGGAGAUGUACUUCCCUGGAGUCAUCCUGCCGUGAUAGUGCUGUUUGCCUGCACCCCCUUGGCGUUCGGUGGAUUAAUUCUAGUCACCACGAACCGUUCGGCGAACACCUCUACGAUCAAAAGGCUGCUAGAUCAUCAUGCUGUUCUGGCUCUUUUUGCUACUACCUUCUUCGUUGUGUAUGCAUUCAACGCGUUUACUUAUAACAUGGCUGUAUACAUCGAGGCUCGAUCAUUCAACAACCCGUCCGGAUUUGGAGACUGGGCGCUUUCGUGCAUAUUUCUUUCACGGCCCUUCGGAACAUUCCUAGCUGGCUUAAUAAUUAAACAAUAUCGAAGCCCCUGGAUCUUGCUACGAUGCAAUAUGAUAAUAUGGUUUAUUUUAUACAUAAUGGCGAUGACGGGGAAGAUGCCUCUCGAAAAGCCUGCAACGGCCCCGUAUCUGUUACUCGUCGGUCUAAGUCUCGGAGUGUUCGAAAGCUCUCUUAUCGUGUCACUAUUUGCAACUGUACAGAAGAAAGAACAACCGUCGUUCCUCGCCAUGUUCAACGUGGUCGUUGCGUUUGCUGGAGAUGUUGGCGUAGGAGUUUCCUUAGCCUUAACACAAAACUUCCUUAAACGAGGCCUAUAUCGCGAGUUAGCCGACAUGCCAAACUCGGAAGAGGUCAUAGCCAAAGCGUUGGAAAGCCUAGAUUCGAUCCGCAACAUACCCGUUGACGAGCAAGCUAAGAUUAUAGACGUAUACAAAAAUUCGAUAGAGAAAGUCUGGGCGAUAUCCUGUGUAACACUUCUCAUCGGCAUUGGAGCGACGAUGUCACAACGAGUAGUUUAUCGAGAGGAGAACGAAUCAGAGACUAACGAGCAUGUCCAUACGGGGUAACCUGAGAUUAUGGGCCAAUUACCGCGAACUUUUUAGGUCAUAAGGUCAAAUCUUACAUACCCCUUUACUGAUAGAAUAGAUGUCGCACACAGCGAAUAGGUUCAUUCCUAAUAAUCAUUACAAGCACAAAGGCCUUGGCAAUAAGCACA